AUUAGAUAAAGAUAACCUAAAACCUAACACCUAACCUAACCACAAUUUGACAAUUUCUUAAUCUGAAUUUGUUUUGAAAUUAAGUGUUUUAGAAAGUUUAAAAAAUGGUAAAAGAAUCAACCACAUCUAUAAAGAAAAAACGCAAAGUUUCCAACCCAGAACCUGAUGUCGAUAACGAUAUAUAUAAGAAAGUGGCUGAUUUUGAAGAAAAGGAAUCAUUGAAUAGUCAAGCAUCUUUGGAAGCAAAUGUUUAUUUUGAACUUUGUGAAGAUAUCAGAAACCUUCUUGCCGAAGCAAUGAGUUUAAGACAGAAAGAUAGAAAAUCUAACGAAAUAAAAGAUAUUCACACAGAAAUAGUUGUCAAAAUGUGUAUGGUGAAAAAACUCAACAGAACCGACAAGAUUAGGCAUGUGCAUGGAAAGGAAACUCUAACUACAGAAAAACAGAAAUGUGACAGCAUAAAGCUGACCUAUCAGAACUUGGUGUAUGAACGUCACCAUUUGGUAUCAGAAACUAACAAGUGUUUGGCUUUUAGAUCUAAAGAUGAAGACAUAGAACUUGUACCGUUUGAAGAAUUUAUGAGAGAAGCACCAGAAUCAUUGUCCUCGAAAUUUUCCUCAUAUGAUUCUAAUGACAGAGAACAACAGCACAGUUUACGUCUCGCUAGAUUGGAAUGGGAGUUAACCCAACGUAAGAAUUUGGCACAAUUGUGCAAAGCGUUUGUGGAACAGAGGAAGAAACUGAGUGAAGAUCUGAUAUUAAGAAAAGACAAGCUCAACGCCCUCACACCUCUACUCGUCAAUGUAAUCAACGCCACCAAGCCCCUUCAAGAUCAUUUGGAAAUGUCUCCGAAUGACCUGAGAGUUGAACAUAAGCUUGCUUAUCUUCUACCAGACCCGUUAUACAUCUUAUAUGUCAACGUCGUCUCGUAUAAAGUCGUUUACGACAUUAAUCUCGAUGUGGAGAUCAUCGGCGACGAAGAGGAAGCUAUGCGAUGGAAAGAUUUAAAAAUUGGAAUGGGAUUUGCCAAUGACGAUGAGUCCGACAACCAAGAGACUGAACAGGAUGCCACAGAAGUAGAGGAAGUCGUGGAAAUUAAAAAACGACGUCACAGGAAAUCGGUACAACAGAUAGACCCAAUGGAAGAGAAAAGAAAAAAGCUUUUAGAAUCACAUCCCUUACAGGUUCAAAUGGUGGCAAAAUUGAAGGAUGGUCCUUUGCUGACUAUCAAGUUUUCCUACCUAAUAAAAUUAAAAAUAAUUACAGUCAUGUCCAGCACGAACUGCUCUGCAUGUAAAAUAACUGGCAAUUCAGCUAGAGAAGUGUUAACCGGAGAGAACCUUCUAAGUGAGUUGGUAGAAAAUGAUAAUGGUCUAGAAAGUCCAAAUCCAAUAACGAAAUUUCAGAUUAAAAAGAUCGGUCUUACUUCUUUUCAAUCGUUAGUACCACAGAUCGGAUACGCAUACCAUUGGGCUCAAAGAAUAUGCGGAAGAGAUUUUCUCAAUAAAAAAAUGGAUUCGGAUGAAUUAGGCAGAACUAAUGUUGAAAUUAUAAUGAAAAUAAUAUUUAAAAGAUUGGAAUCUCGCUAUCAGUUAGCCACCCAAUUACAACAACUAGAGCAAAAUAGUAUUCCUACAAUUCCCAAACCUGCAGAUUCUCCAGUCAGCUUUACAUGCGCUAUUUCCAAAUGGGCUGCAAUAUCAUAUCAAAAGUAUUGUCAGUUGGAAUUUACCAAAACAUUUCUUGAAGAGGAACUUGUGGAACCUUCCGAUUUAUUUUAUUCCCUUCAGAUAUCUAGAGGCAGUGCCUCCCUGGAAGCAUUUAUCGUGAUUAAAAGCAACUACCCAAGUACUUUGCCUAUCAUUUCAGUUUGUGUUAAUUAUAAUGGAGUACACCAUUCAGAAAAUGAUGAUGAAAUAAGAGAUAUGGAACGGUUAUUGAAUGUAAGUGUCAGAGAAGCACUUUCACCAUCAGUAUUAUCUUUACAAAUUGUUCGUUUGUGUUCAUAUUUCGACGUUUAUUUGGAGACAACCAAUCCAAAAGAGUUUCCUCAAACUGUUACUUUCGUUAAAAGCGUAAGCGCAAGAAACAGAAGGCGACCUUUCAUUUACAGAAAAGUUGGAAAUGGCAUUUUCACUCAAUAUUGAAUAAGGUAAUUUUCCGUUUUAUUAGAAAGAAGAUGUAUGUCUGCAACAACUUUUGUCGUUUAAUUAAUUACAAUAAAAUAUACGAACAA